AUGCCGCCGCAGCGCAACCCGAAUCGAUAUUCGCCGGUGCAGUCACGUGGCACGGUUUCGCGGAACAACAGUCCGCGGCUGGUAGCGCACCGGUUCACAGUAGGCGAUGUUCCGCUCUGCGGGCGGUCCACGUUAAAUGACCCCGACACGAUAUACAUCGACGUAGACGACGGGCGUUUAACCAGCAUCAGUAGUAGUAGCAGCAGCGACGACGACGACGACGACGACGACGACGAGGACGAGGACGAGGACGACAACGAAGAUAACGACGUGACGGAAAAGACGAGCGAGAAGGACGACAUCACGACGUCGACACGUGAACAAGGCACGGCGCGCUGUCGUUUCGACGCUGAUCGUCCCUUUCGGCACGCGUACAUCACGCACGCAUCACGUAUGUCUAUGUGUGGUGCCCUAUCUUGUCUCGCGUGCAAAAAAGAGAGUCAACCAGUCGUCGUGGCUACGGGACAGAGUGAGAGAGUAGAGGAAGUGACUACGGUAUACGCGACGGAGAUCGAGAGCGCGCCGAGUAGUAGUGCGCGAAGGGGACGAGGUGGGGCGAGGCGCAAAGUUGCGUCAGCCGCGUAUCGUAUCUUCGCUCCCGUCGAUAUAUCGCCGAUCGUCGGCCGUUUCGCGGUCGAUCGUGAGAUAAAUCCCGCUGUGUCCGUCCCCCUCCCGGUACGACUAUCACAUCGUCGUCGUACUCGUGGAUCGCGCGUUGAUCCGUACCGUCGCGUCGACGCGGUGAUAUCGCGACGGUCAGUGCGUAGCGCGGCGGCGAUCGAUAAACGCGAUCGAUAUCGGAAUUGUCGCUCGCGCGUUCGUGAGUGGUACAUACAUCGUAUCGGAUACGUGUCGCGAUACGCGCGCGCUCGCGCGCUGGAAAAACUCUUAUUAUGCGACUACCGAAGUCGCGUCAUAAUCGAGAACGGCAGGGAUCGGAUUAACCGAGAAGAUAGAACGCGAGACGCGGAGAAGAAGCGGCGGAGGAAGAAGAAGAGGAGGUGGAGGAGAAAGAAGAAGAAAGAUUUCAAGAUAGAGGGAGAUAAUCACCGCGACGGACGAGGACACGACGACGAGCGCUCGACGGUCGCUCGCUCGUCGUCGGUUGCCGCGGCGGAGUCGUUGCGCGUGAGGCUUCGCCGCGCGGCAGCUGCGGCGGAAGCGUCGGCGGCGGCAUUGGCAGCCUCGGUCGCGGCGGCGACGGCGACCGGCUCGGGGUCGCAGGACGACGAGCACGACGACGACGACGACGAGGACGAUAGCGACGACGAUAUGGAGGAGAGCCACCUGCUGAUGACUGAACUUCCCUCGCCGUUGACGCCGAGCGCCGGUCGCGGCGGUACAACCUUGCUCCAUCGUCCGGGCCACUAUUAUCACCUGCAUCAGCCGCACCUGGCGAUACCGACGUCACAGAAUCAGGCGAUUCUUCAGCACAAUUCCGGCGGCGGCACGGCGCCGCAUUACGGCACCGAUGGCAAUGGCGCCUGUGGUGGUGGCGGCGGCACCGCGGGAGGCGGCGCGACCGCCACCGCCGCCGCCGCCGCCGCUGCCGGUCUACCGGCCUACACCAUCAGCCAGGGUGGCAUCUCCUCGCGGCAUCAGCUGCACCCGCAUCAGGUGCAUCAACGUGGUACCGCGGUAACGCAUGGCCAGCCUGCCGCGAGCACCCACGUGUCCUCCCUGUAUCCAGAGAUUCUGGCGCUUAUCUUCAGCUACCUGGACGUACGCGACAAGGGACGAGCUGCUCAAGUGUGCACCGCGUGGCGCGACGCUGCCUACUAUCGCUCGGUUUGGCGAGGAGUCGAAGCGCGACUGCACCUUAGAAAACAGGCGCCGGCGUUAUUCGCCAGCUUGGUAAGACGCGGCGUGAAGAAGGUACAGGUAUUGUCAUUGCGUCGCGGUCUCAGCGACGUUCUAAAGGGCGUGCCGAAUCUCGAGGCACUCAACUUGUCCGGUUGCUACAACAUCACCGACUCCGGUAUCACGAACGCUUUUUGCCAGGAAUACCCGUCCCUCAUCGAGCUCAACCUAUCGCUUUGCAAGCAAGUGACGGACACCUCGCUCAGCAGGAUAGCGCAGUUCCUCAAGAAUCUCGAGCAUCUUGAACUGGGCGGUUGCUGCAACAUCACCAACACCGGUUUACUGCUGAUCGCAUGGGGUCUGAAGAAACUCAAGCGACUGGACCUACGAAGCUGCUGGCACGUUUCUGACUUGGGUAUUGCUCAUUUGGCUGGACUGAAUCGCGAGACCGCCGACGGUAAUCUCGCCUUGGAGCACCUGAGUUUGCAGGAUUGUCAACGAUUGAGCGACGAGGCGCUCAGGCACGUAUCGCUCGGUCUUACCACCCUCAAGUCCAUCAAUCUGUCGUUCUGCGUCUGCAUCACCGAUUCCGGCGUCAAACACCUGGCCAGGAUGUCGAGUCUACGCGAGUUAAAUCUACGCUCGUGCGACAACAUCUCCGACAUCGGCAUGGCGUACUUGGCCGAGGGCGGCAGUCGCAUCACGUCGCUCGACGUGUCGUUCUGCGACAAGAUCGGCGAUCAAGCACUCGUGCAUAUCUCCCAGGGUCUGUUCAACCUAAAGUCCCUGUCAUUGUCCGCCUGCCAGAUCAGCGACGAGGGUAUCUGCAAGAUUGCCAAGACUCUACACGACCUCGAGACCCUCAACAUCGGCCAGUGCAGCCGGCUCACUGACCGGGGUCUGCACACCGUCGCCGAGAGCAUGAAGAAUCUCAAGUGCAUCGACCUGUACGGCUGCACGAAAAUUACCACCAGCGGCCUCGAGCGGAUCAUGAAGCUGCCACAGCUCAGUACGUUAAAUCUUGGUCUGUGGCACGUGCGGUGAUGGCUUUUUCCGUGGCUAAGUGCUCUGGACGAACGCUGCCAACGUUACCGUCAUCGUCAUCGGCAUCGUCAUCGUUACCAAGGCGACGACGACUCCUCGCAGCGACCCAAGGAUAACUUCGUCUUUGCGCGCAUGUUCCUGCCGCAGGCGGUAAGUCCGUUUCUGUCGCUCGGCGCACGAAGUCGCCCGAGCGCCCUCGACAUCGGUAUCUACGACGUCGUCGGCGAAUAGCGUAAAUAGCGAAUUUAGCUCGUUUCUCCGCCCGAGACGGGAAUUCCCCCUCUCUCUCUCUCUUUCUCUUGAGAGAGA